AUGGUGGAUCAUGGAAAGACCUAUCUACUUCACAUAAUCAAUGCUGCCUUAAACGAGGCUCUCUUCUUCUCCAUUGCCAAGCAUAAAAUGACAGUGGUUGGAACAGAUGGUAGCUACACGAAACCAUUGACACGAGAUUAUGUCACAAUAUAUCCUGGCCAAACCUACGAUGUCUUACUAGAAGCUAACCAACACCCGGAUCACUAUUACAUGGCAGCUAAAACUUAUUCCAGUGCCCCGAUAGGUCCUAAUGCUUUUGAUAACACAACCACCACAGCUAUUGUACAGUACAGGGGAUAUUACACUCCAUCUUCACCUCCCUUCUUACCUUAUUUUCCUGCAUACAAUGACACAAAUGCAUCGGUUCAGGUCAUGGCUGGCCUCCGAAGCUUAGCAGAUGCGGAACAUCCUUGCAAUGUUCCAUUGAGCCCGAGCACUAAACUGAUUUACACUAUUUCCAUGAACUCAUUCCUCUGCCCCAAUAAUUCAUGUGGAGGGCCCAAUGGGACGCGGUUCUCCGCAAGUAUAAACAACAUAAGCUUCCAAUCUCCUACCAUUGACAUACUACAAGCUUACUAUUAUAACAUUAGUGGUGUAUAUGGAGAUAAAUUUCCUAGCGUUCCACCACUGGUGUUCGAUUUUACCAAUGAUAUUCUUCCCUUGGAGUAUAGAUUGUUGUUCAAGGGACAAGCUUGA